AUGCCGUUCUGUAACGUCGGAACAUACCAGAACGGCGUGGACGUAUCUGGGAAUAGUGGAAUGAAGAUUUUCUACAGAACUUACGGUCAGGGACCUGUCAAAGUUCUCAUGAUCAUUGGAUUGGCUGGGACCCACAAUUCUUGGUGUCCACAAAUCAAGGGGCUCACCGGAACGUUGACUCCCAAUGACAAUGAAUUGCCGGCCGGUGAUCGGAGCUCAGAUUUUGGGGACAAUGAGGGUGGCAGCGGUGGUGUGGAGGUCUGUGCUUUUGAUAAUCGUGGAAUGGGUCGUACCUCUGUGCCCACAAAAAAAUCGGAAUACACGACAAUAAUAAUGGCAAAAGAUGCAAUAGCUGUUAUGGAUCAUUUGGGGUGGGAAAAAGCUCAUAUUUUUGGGCAUUCAAUGGGAGCUAUGAUAGCUUGCAAGUUGGCAGCAAUGGUACCAGAUAGAAUUUUGUCUUUGGCUUUACUAAAUGUAACAGGUGGAGGUUAUGAAUGUUUGCCCAAGCUUGAUCGUCAAACUUUAUCCAUUGCACUUCGUUUUCUGAGAGCAAAAACUCCUGAGCAGAGAGCAUCUGUUGACCUAGACACCCACUACUCACAGGAAUAUCUUGAAGAAUAUGUAGGAACUAAAACAAGAAGAGCGAUCUUAUAUCAAGAAUAUGUGAAAGGCAUAUCGGCAACUGGGAUGCAGUCAAAUUAUGGUUUUGAAGGUCAGGUUAAUGCAUGCUGGACACAUAAAAUGUCACGAACUGAAGUUGAGUCCAUCCGCGCUGCUGGAUUUCUAGUAUCAGUCAUUCAUGGCAGGCACGAUGUCAUUGCUCAAUUACGCCAUGCCAAGAGACUCGCAGAAAAUUUCCAUCCAUCCGCUAGAAUGGUUGAACUUCAUGGAGGACAUCUUGUGAGCCACGAGAAGACUGAAGAGGCAUCGGAAAAGAAGUUAAACCCACAUGAAUGGACUAAUUUGUCCAAGAAAUGCUCUGGUGAGUACUACAGUCAAGGUGGACCUUUACACAAGUUUGUUUCUGUUCCACUUCCAUCCUCCCCUCCCCCUUCUUUACCCUCUGUAUGGGCUGGUAAAUUUCCUUCAGCCGACCCCAUGGACGCCAUAGCAACUGGUGGAUGGACAGUGAUGAAGAUAUCCUUCCUCAGAAAAAUUUCUGAGGGAGGAAGCAAUGUGUCUUUUCCUGUUGGCAUUGUAGAAAAGCUACAUAUUUUCGUAGUAUACUUUUUUGGUCUCUUUGUGCUAGCAUUUGAGCAUGUACGAAGAGCUCUAAGAAGUCUAAAACCAGUUAGAGUGGGAGCUGCCCUCACAUAA